CGAUAAUGGCGGCGGCUGUAGCGGUGUAUUGGGUUUAUGAAGGGUGGCGCAGAUCUCCGGCGUGGUGCUCAUUUCACAGAUUUCGUAAGAAGUGAGAAAGUACUGAAGAUGAAGGACCCGGCAGGGCAGCUCCUCGUACGCCUCGCGCUGGUGGUGACGGCGGUGGAAGCCUUUGCCGGAGCUGCCACCGCUGUUGGAGUUGGGGCAAAGUUCGCCGGAAUUCAGCCUCUAUCGAAGAUUGCAAUUCACGCGGCGUCGCUGGAGCUUGACAGUUCAGCCAUCAUCAAAGCUUCGCCCAGUGUGCUUGGCCUCCAGAAUAAAGAUACUGAAUGGAUAAAUAUAGAGCUUCAGAGUCCAAACCCCGCCUCUGAUGAUUGGGUUGGAGUGUUCUCGCCAGCUAAGUUCAAUGCAUCUACUUGUCCAAUUGAAGUCGGCAAUAGUAGAGAAGAAGCUCCAUUGAUUUGUUCAUCGCCAAUCAAGUACCAAUUUGCAAAUUAUUCAAAUUCUGAGUCUAAGUACACAAAGAAUGGGAAGACAACUCUGAGAUUCCUACUGAUCAAUCAGCGUUCUGAUUUUUCAUUUGCAUUGUUCAGUGGUGGCCUUGCAAAUCCAAAACUCAUUGCAGUUUCAAAUACUGUUUCAUUUGCAAAUCCAAAGGCACCACUCUAUCCAAGGCUGGCACAUGGAAAAUUUUGGAAUGAAAUGAGUAUAACAUGGACUAGUGGGUAUAAUAUAGAUGAUGCCGUGCCCUUCGUUCAAUGGGGUCCAAAGGGUGGCCUUCAGACAAGAUCCCCAGCUGGAACAUUAACAUUCAGUCGCAACGACAUGUGUGGUUCUCCAGCAAGAUCAUUUGGAUGGAGAAAUCCUGGUUACAUCCACACUAGUUUUCUGAAAGAAUUAUGGCCAAACACAAUGUAUAGUUACAAGCUUGGCCAUCAACUAUUCAACGGAAGUUAUGUAUGGAGCAAGGUUUAUUCAUUCCAAGCGUCGCCUUAUCCUGGGCAGGAUUCUUUGCAACGUGUCAUCAUUUUCGGCGAUAUGGGAAAGGCAGAGCGAGAUGGUUCUAAUGAGUUUAACAAUUACCAGCCAGGCUCAUUGAACACCACCGACCAACUAAUCAAUGAUUUGAAUAAUAUUGAUAUUGUCUUCCACAUUGGAGAUAUAACAUACGCAAAUGGAUAUUUAUCUCAGUGGGAUCAGUUUACUUCACAAAUAGAGCCCAUAGCAUCUACAGUUCCUUAUAUGAUUGCAAGUGGUAAUCAUGAACGUGAUUGGCCAAAUACAGGUUCAUUUUAUAAUAGCAUGGAUUCUGGAGGAGAGUGUGGUGUUUUGGCUGAAACCAUGUUCUAUGUUCCAUCUGAUAAUAGAGCCAAGUUCUGGUAUUCGACCGAUUUCGGCACGUUUAGAUUCUGCAUAGCAGACACGGAGCAUGAUUGGAGGAGAGGCACUGCGCAAUAUGAGUUCAUAGAACAUUGCUUGUCAACUGCAGACCGCCAAAAACAGCCAUGGCUGAUCUUCGCGGCUCAUCGAGUCCUCGGAUACUCGUCCGAUUUCUGGUACGCAAAGGAAGGCACAUUUGCAGAACCAAUGGGACGAGAAAGCCUUGAACAUCUAUGGCAGAAGUAUCGAGUCGACAUCGCAUUCUUCGGCCAUGUUCACAAUUACGAAAGAACAUGCCCAAUUUAUCAGAGUCAAUGUGUUAAUAACGAAAAAUCGAAUUACAUCGGCACAAUGAACGGAACAAUCCAUGUGGUUGUAGGAGGUGGAGGAAGCCAUCUCUCAGAAUUUAGCAGUGUGGAGACUGCUUGGAGCUUAUAUAAAGACUAUGAUUAUGGGUUUGUUAAGCUCACUGCUCACAAUCAUUCCUCUCUUCUAUUAGAGUACAAGAAGAGUAGUGAUGGAAGGGUAUAUGAUUCCUUCACUAUUUCAAGGGAUUAUAGGGAUGUUUUGGCUUGUGUUCAUGGUAGUUGCUCACCAACAACAUUGGCUUCAUAGAAGCAAUAAAAUAAAAUAAAUAAA